CAAUGGGCCUCCUCUCACUCGGUACUCCCCUCGCUUGGGCAGACAGCAUACCCUACCACGACCACGUACGCCAACACGGAAUCACCCAGUUCCUCCAUGCAUGGGACCGUCUCAAGACGAGGGAAGGCGACGACCUCCUCUGGGGGGACGAGAUCGAGUACAUGGUCGUGGCGUUCGAUGAUGAGCACAAGGUGGCGAGGUUGAGCUUGAGGCAGAGCGAGAUCCUCAAGAAGCUCGCGCAUGUUGUCGAGGAGCUCGAGGAGGAGAAGUCGCCUGAUACCCCUCCGAUCCCGACGUUCCACCCCGAAUACGGAAGGUUCAUGCUCGAGUCCACCCCUGGCAAGCCUUACACCGGCUCGCUCAAAGAACUCCUCACGGUGGAAGCGAACAUGCGCUACAGGCGGAAGAUCGCCCGCCGCCAUCUCAAGCCCAACGAGGUGCCUUUGACUGUCACGUCUUUCCCUCGGCUGGGGACGCAGGGCCAGUUUACGGAACCGUACUUUGAGCCGAAGAGCGAGGAGAGCCAGAGCUUGUUCCUCCCUUCGGAGAUUACCAACCCGUUUGCCCGUUUCCCCACGCUCACGGCGAACAUCCGCCGAAGGCGAGGACACAAAGUCGCCAUCAACCUGCCUAUAUUCGAGGACACGCACACCCCCAAGCCCUUUAUCGACCCUACAAUCCCGUGGGACCGAGCGCUGUUCCCAGGGGACAGCGAGGCGAAGGACGGCGCUGCGCUCCCAGAUCACAUCUAUAUGGACGCGAUGGGGUUUGGCAUGGGAUGUUGUUGCUUGCAGAUGACGUUCCAGGCGUGUAACGUCGAUGAGGCUAGGAGGGUGUAUGAUGCGCUUAUCCCUGUGGGGCCGAUCAUGUUGGCACUUACGGCUGCGGCACCGGCUUAUAGGGGUUACUUGUCCGACGUGGACUGUAGGUGGAACGUCAUCCGCGACGCGGUAGACGAUCGGACAGAGGAAGAGCGCGGGCUGAAGCCACUGGAACAUGACAGGUACAGGAUCCCGAAGAGCCGGUAUGAUAGUGUCGAUUCCUACCUUUCUAUGGACUACAACAACCGGCCGGAGUAUAACGACAAUCCGCUGCCUAUCGACGAAGGGAUCUACAACCGUCUCCGGGAUCACGGACUAGACGACCUUCUCUCAAAGCACAUCGCCCACCUUUUCAUCCGCGACCCGCUCGUAAUCUUCUCCGAGAUGAUCGACCAAGACGACCUGAACUCCACAGACCACUUCGAGAACAUCCAAUCCACCAAUUGGCAAACCCUGCGAUUCAAGCCCCCGCCGGCCAACUCGCCUAUCGGCUGGCGCGUCGAGUUCCGCAGCAUGGAAGUCCAAGUCACGGACUACGAGAACGCCGCUUUCUGCAUAUUCAUCGUCCUCCUCUCCCGGGCCAUCCUGAGCUUCGACCUCAAUUUCUACAUCCCUAUCUCGAAAGUGGACGAGAAUAUGAAGACGGCCCAGAAGAGGGACGCGGCUAGGAAAGACAGGUUUUGGUUUAGGAAAUUCGUGUAUCCCCAGGAUCGGGCGUUUGAGCUCAGGCACGCGGUCGAGGCUUGUCAAGGUCAGGGUUGGACGGGUACCCCUACCCCUGCAGCUACGCCCGCAGCUACUCCAGGUCCGAGCAGGGGGAGCUCACCCCCUACCUCAGCGGUACACACGCCUCUCACCCCUCUGAGUCCUAUCAGUCCUCCACGCACGAACGGGUUCCCACCCCACACGCACACGCACCAGCAUCAGCACCAGCACCAGCACACGCAAGACGAACGUUCCCGCCCCGUCUCGGCGUCCCAAUCCCGUUGUCCCUCCCCCGGUCUCCCGGAGCGCGGACCCGUGGAAGAAGAAUACGAGCUCAUGACGCUGGACGAGAUCGUCAAUGGAAAGGAAGGCUAUUUCCCAGGCUUGUUUGGCGUCGUUGCGGUGUAUUUGAAUUCCUUAGACGUGGACUUUCAUACGAAGAGGAGCUUGUAUAAGUACUUGGACGUCGUUAGGCGUCGAGCGAACGGCUCGCUCAUGACAUGCGCAUCUUGGAUGAGGAGAUUUAUCCGCUCCCAUCCGGAUUAUAAGUUUGACAGUGUGGUCAGCGAGCAGAUCAACUACGAUCUUAUGAAAGCCUUUGAUGAGAUUGAACGUGGCGUGAGAAAGGAACCGGAUUUCCUGCCUUCUAGUUACAGAGGGGAUACGGCCUUUCACGGCCACCUGAACACGCACGCCGACCAGGCGUCCAAAUAAGCGAGUACGUGCGAGUCGGUGCAUGUUGGGAGCUUCCGAUCAGGGUCGUGAUUUUUUGUUCACGUUGUUGAUGUCGAUGAUGUCGAUGUCGAUGUUGUUGUAUAGCAUGCGAGAUGGCGUGCAUGACGAGCUGUACUCGAUAGACCGGAUUUCGGAAAGACGUUAGACAUUUAGUCCUAUCUAGGGGUUACAUGAAAUACAGAUACA